GUGUAUAAUAUGGUAAAGUUAGUCUACUGUGCUCAUUAUGCUUUUUUUGUGGUGCCUUUUUUUUCACUAAAUUAACAUUUCCUGAUCUUUUUACCAACCCCGCCACUGCGACAAUUUAAAAGAGAAAGUAAAAGUCACUGAAAGUGAAAGCUGAUGUGCCGACAUCUGAGGGACAUGAUCGUACAUCAGCAAAUUAUUUUUUACGACAAUUUAUAGCAGAAGCUAUUAUUUAGUCUAAUUUUGUAUAUUUAAGGAUGUUUCUGCAUUAUUUGUUUUUAAUAUCAAUAUUGCUGAGGAUCGCAGAGGGGUUUACAGUGAAGGGUCCGUCAGGUCCUCUGGUUGUUCCUCUGGGAGGUUCAGUUCUUCUGCCCUGUUCUGUUGAUUCACUCUCAUCACUGAAGGAUCUGGAGGUGGAAUGGAAAAGAUCAGACUCACAGACUCUCAUUCAUCUGUAUCAGGAUGGAGAUAUUAGACCAGAAGUCCAGAAUGAGGAUUAUCAUGAUAGAGCUCAUUUCUUCACUGACAACAUUAAACAGGGAAACUUCUCCCUACUGUUGAAGAAUGUGAGACCAGAAGAUGAAGGACAAUACACAUGUAAAGUUCUCAGUGGACAAGCUUCUGGUGAAACUGUGGUGGAGAUUAAAGCUGUUGAGCGUCUUACUGUGUCUGGAUCAGAUAAGUCUUUAUCAGCUUAUGUGGGUGAAGACGUGACUCUAGACUGCUCUGUGGACUCUCACAUCCAACCUGAAGACAUUGAAGAGGUUUCAUGGAAGAAAACGGAUAAAGAUGAACACAUACUGGUUCUGCUCUAUCAAAACCACAAGAUUCAUCCAGAAGCAUCAGACGCGCAAUACAGACACAGAGUUGAGUUCUUCAAUGAUGAAAUCCACAGAGGAAACUUCUCUCUCAGACUGAAGAGAGUCAGAACUGAAGAUAAAGGAGAAUACAUGUGUCAAGUGUUUGCUGGACGAUUAUCAGACAACACAACUGUUAUACUAAAACAACUGGGUUUCUCUUCUUUACACAUAAUGGUGUUGAUUCUCUGUAUUUUCGCAUGUGGAUCUGCUCUUCUGUUCUUCUCUCUUAUCUACUGCAGACCACAAACAGGGCUCCAUCUGGAAGGUUAUUAUUGGGUUCCUCUGGGAGCUUCAGCGGUUCUGCCGUGUUUCAAUAACAAAUACUUACCAGCAGAUGUAAAGAAGGUGAAAUGGAGUAAAUCCGGUUUAAAGGAUCCAUUGUGUGUAUUUGAAGAUGGAGAGGUUCAGCAUCCAGCAAGUUUUUCUGAUAGAGCAAAUUUCCUCUGUGGUGACUUCACACUUGGAAAUUUCUCUCUACUGUUGAAGAAUGUGAGAACUGAAGAUAAGGGACGAUACACAUGUACAGUUCACAGUGGACACAGAUCUGUGUUGUCAGUCAGUGUAAAUUUGGAAUAUUAUGAAGAUGGUUCAGAUGUCAGAGUGGAUUAUUCAUGGAGUAUGGUUGUUCCUCUGGGAGCUUCGGUACUUUUGCCCUGUGUUAAUGACAAACCCUUAACAGCAGAAGGACUGAAGGUGGAAUGGAAAAAAUCUGACUCUGAAAGUCCAAUGUUUGUUUAUCAAGACGAGAGAUCCAAGAGUUAUUCUGGCAGAGCUCAUUUCUCCACUGACGACAUUAAACAUGGAAUUUUCUCUCUCCUGUUGAAGAAUGUGACAGCUCAAGAUGAAGGAGAAUACACAUGUGAAGUCUACAGGGGAAAAUGUAAUGUGUUGUCUGUCACCACAACAUUGGAACUGAGACUACUAGACAGAGUUCUUCGUCUUCAGAUGUUUCUGGUUGUUUGUCCAAAUCUCAUCAUGUUUUUUGCUUUUGUCUUCUGGGGUGUUUCUGAAGGAUCUGUGUAUGAGACAGUCUUCUCCUGUGCUCUUUAUGUUCUUAGACCUCUCAUGCUGCUUUUUGUGGCUCCAUAUAAAGAACAGUUUAAAGGCACAAUCAAAACACUUUUAAAUUGGAGUUUGAAUACAUAUUAUAUUUCUUUCACAACUGUUCUUUAUUCAGUUCUUAUCAAACCCGCAUUGGAGAAAAGUCUGAAUUACUCUGCAUUUGAUAGAGUCAUGACAAUUGUGCUUUUUAUAAUAGUGCUUCUUUUAUGCCUCGCCUACAUCAUUUACAGUUCCUUCAUUGUUGCACUUUUACCUGUCAUAACAUCAGUGACCAGAUACAAUUGGAAUAUUGUGUGUGGGGACGAUUUGGGCUGUUCACCUUUGGUCAUGAGAUUAAUGUGGAUGAUUUUAAUGUGUUUCAUGAAUUCAGUGCUGAUCUAUUUCUACAUCGUAGCACUGCAAAGUGAGAAAGAUCUUGUUGGAUGGGCCUGUACGAUUGGAUUUCUACAACUAAUAUGGACGGCUUGGAAUUGUUUAUACUCAUUUCAGGAUUGGGGUUUCAGCCGUAUUACCAUCGUGUAUGUGUUUGGAUCAGUUGGUGUUAUUUUAAUCAGCGCUGUUGGACUGAUGACUGAGCUGACACUGAAAACUCUUAAUGGAGAAGGUCUAGUGGGGGAUCUGAGGAUCAUCGUGUUUUCCUCUGAAAGUCUCCUCACUGUAUCUGUGCUGAUUAUGAUUAUUCUCGCACCCUGUAAUUACCACGAGGAUUCCAGCAAUGUGUAAGAAAGCUGCAACUGCUGAAUGAGUCCAGAAUGAAUCAGUGCUCUCAGACUACAACAGAAUCUCCAGCCGCUGAAUCAAACCAGUAACAAGAAUCUCAUGAAAUGAUCCUCUAAAGAACAAACAAGAGAAUGAUAGAAGUUAAGAAGAAACUCACAAACAUGAAAGAUGAUCAUAUACCAGAUCUAGUAUCACUAACACACUGAUUAUUGAAAACUCUUAGGAUGGACUUUGAGUUCUGUGUUGUUUUUCAUUUGUACUGAGAGUCAUUAUCCGUAUGCAUGAUAUCAAAUGCUUGACCUCUUUAAACCUUGAAAAAAACUGUUAUAACUAAACAUGACAUACUAGGUUAUAUGAAGUUCAGAGCACUUUUAUCAGGCUCCUACAUUUACUUUCAACAAUACCAGUUAUUUCAGACUGUGCAGAGGUUUUUACAGUGUAUCUGUUUUUUUGAUAACUCUGACACUUACAGACCUGUUGGACAGCUGAAGUUGGUUUUAAAGGGGUCAUAUGGCUCGUAUACAUGUAAUUCUGUGUCUUUCAUGUAUUAUAAGAUGCUCCUGCAUGUAUUAGACACAAUUGCAAAUAUUUAAGUGUCAGAACAAAAAAUGCAUUCCAUCUAAAAGCAAAAGCUCACCCAGACCUCCCUGAACCGUCUCGUGUAACCACACCCCCACAAAUCUACAUCAGUUCGUGGUAUAAGGUGGGUGUACUUGUCAGUACAAUUGCUUUUGAACCUGAUGUUCCAAAUAUGGUUAGAGGCAUCGCAUUUCCGUCACACGCUUGCAGUAUUCAACCAAUCACUAUGCACUGGUUAACUGGCCAAUCAUAGCACACCUCGCUUUUCAGUGCGAUGAGCUUUGUAAAACAUCUGUGUUUUUCAGAGAGGUUGGGCAAAAGAGGAGAUACAAACAUGCACAGUAUCGUGGUUUUAAACAUAAAUUGUGUAUGCACAUUGUAUUACAUCUAAUACAAAUGAUAAUAUUGGAUUUAGCCGUGUCAUACAGCCCCUUUAAUUGUACAUUAAUCUAACGCUAUGGUUGCGGCAGCUCUAUGUAAAUGCUACUGUUGCGCGGCACAAAUUUUGCUGUCCCGUCUGUCCAACCCUUAAAUAACAUAAAGGGGUGGAUCACUGGUGGCCAAGUCGGCGGUUUGUUUACUGUGAGUGACUUCCUGAUGGAUGCUCCCCACUUCCGUUUAGUAUUUGUCUCUAUGUUUCAAACAUACAUAUUCACAUUUAAUGACCGAGCAAAUACACACUUCUUAAAUGUAUUUUGCAUGAACUGUAUGUAUUUAAGUGUAUGUUUAGCAUUGUAGCUCUAUAAAUAAAGGAAUGCUUAACAAGACA